AUGAAAGCUCCAUUGGUAUGUGCGUCAGUUUUUCACUCAUACGAUCCAGGCCACAAGCUUCGGAUGGAGCACACUCACUGCUAUUCAAGCCAUGGAGAUGCCGGUCAUUAUCACUACGACACUACUCCGGAUACGGUCGUCUAUGAAGGAUACUUCACGGCAGCCGAGAAGAUCUACCGAUUCGAUGAAGUAUAA